AUGGUCCAACACAAGGCGAAUGAGGCGGCCUUUCUCAGCUCCUCGAAACUCGAAGACUCUCGCCUCAAACUUCCAGGGUUUGGCCUGCCAUUAGAUUAUGCCCCCAGCGAGAAGAACAUCUAUGGCGUUCACAGUCGGAGUCUGUUUCCAUCUGCACUGGAUGAUCGGGACAUCGAAGCAGGCUAUGUGGAUCUGCCUAUCUUGACGCUCCGAGAAAUUGCCAUGUUGGGUGUUCUGGAAGAUCUGACUGAUAUCGAUGAGUGGUGGAAAAAGGUUUUUGAUCCUGCCAUCCAGGAGCAGUGGAAAAAGGAUGCCAUGAGCUGUGGUAGAGAUAUCACGCUGUGCAUGGCAGAAUGGAUAAUCGACGAGCUGGAGUUCAAGGCGAUGAUCUACGAAACCACAGAUGUUGUUGCUCUGCACAAUGGCGAUGUCACCAAAUCUGACACGAAUAUGUCGGACUCACUGGUUGAGAAUCUCAGGACCCAGAUCAAGAUUCUAGAAUAUGACCAGCCAGAGUUGAAAUUCUUUCACCCGGGAUUCUUGAAGAAACAGCGAGACUUUAUCGCCAUGGCACUGUACCCUCUUGUUUACGGGAAAAGUCGUAUUCUUACAGACAGGACGAUCACACUUGAGAAUGCCAUUGAGCACGCCGGUCAGGGCGAGAUUAUACCCGUCCCAAAGGAGACCGGAAUUACCAGAGAGGAUAUCGCCUGGCGAGUGCUCUCCCGGGCAGAUAUCAAAGUCCAUCCCUACAGCCGCAACUACCAGAUCCUCCCUACAGACUGGGAAUACCGUGAAGAUAAGCGAUGGCAUAUAGCCACUUAUAUCAACAAUCUUCACCCGGUCAAGCACCGCAACAUAUACGAGCUUCUUGAGGAGUGUUUCAACAACAUCAUCCCUCAAUGGAAUGCAACGUUGACCCCCCUGAAAGACCAGCUCCAUGCGCGUGCCCGCAUCGAAUAUCACAAGGCGGAAUAUUAUCCUAUUUCGAAGGAGGUUGCGACACAGGCACCCCUGAUAGGUCCCAAGGAGGCACAAAGCGAAUUCGACGAGCGAAACGAAAUAUGGAGAAUGGAGAACAUUCGCGCUAUUCAACCCGAUGCAGGCAAAUUUAUUCCUUGGGCCGUUCCUCCUUGGAUGAUGGACAAGCUGCCCGAGGAUCUACCUGCUCCUGUUCGAAUUGAACGAGGCGUUGAUCUUGUCCGCGACUACAAAGACCGAGGACUGCAAGUCAUCACCCGUCUAAUUGGCUGUGAUCUCACCCCAGAUGAUCCGCAUUUCGAGACAGACUGGCACGUCGAGGGUCAAAUGAACGAACAUAUCUGCGCCUCCGCAUUCCUCACUUAUGAGCACGACAACAUCGGAGACGCCACGAUGGAAUUCCGUAACAUCGCCGAAACAGACUCACUGUCAGAGGUAGAGCAUGACCCAAACGACUUCGUCUGGCUGCGCCAAGUCUUCGGCCUAGAGAACGGUGAGCCAGCUAUCCAAUGUCCUGGCCUGAUCCGCGCCUGUCCUGGCCGAACAAUCAUGUACCCAAGCACCAUUCAACAUAAGUUCACGCGGUUCGAACUGAAAGACAAGACGAAGCCUGGCCAUGGCCGUGCCGUCGUAUUCUUCCUGGUCGAUCCCAACAUCCGGAUUAUCUCUACUGCCAACGUUCCGCCGCAGCGCUUGGACUGGACUAUGAGUAUGGAGUCGUCGGAUGAGGAGCUUAAGAAUUCGAUGUCCAAGCUUGCCCUUGAAAAUAGGACGUCUAAGGGGGAUAUGCCGCUUACUUUGGAUGAGGCUUUGGAGCAUCGGGGUAAAUUCUUGCAUGAGAUUAUGGAGUUCACGCAGUAUCAGCAUGUGGCUUUCGAGUCUAAUAUUUUGUCGCUUUAA